UAAUGAUCUUCAUCAGUGUUUUUCAAAGUGGUGGUUCAAUGUAUGUCCACGAGCCCUACAUUGUUAGUCCACACUGUCUUUUAUCUUUUUAAUUAGUUUCAUGAAUGCAUAUAAAAUAAUUUGUAUGUUAUCAAAUUCUGUUAUUUCGAAAUUGUCUCGGUUUGAAAUGGGAAUUUGGUAAUUCCACUAGCCACUAAACUAUCAGUAACAGUAACUCUAAAAAACUUAAAUUACACACUGGGCUGAAGCUAAAACAAAAGUUAAAUUUUAGUUACUAUUACUGUUACAAUAAAGAAACUAAUUACUGUCAGAAUAGAUAGCAUGGCAUCUGAUGACUUGGUAACUAAACAAACAGACAUCUUUAAGAAUCUACAAGAAAACAUCGGUCUGGUAUCGUUACAAAUUAAGGGUAAGAAAGAGGCAAUUAAUUAGAUAUUAUUAAUUAAUAUUAAUAAUAUUUAAAUUAAAUUAAAUUGUUAAUACUAUUAAUAUUAUUACUAUUAAUUAACUUAUUAACUAUAGAAUACGAUAGUUUGAUAGUAAUGACUUCAAUUUAGUAUAAUUUACUUAAUAAUAAUAAUUACACUAUAAAUGGCUAAUUUGGAGAGAUAACACCAUGAUGUCAUUUGCAUAUUUUGCCCCUGGUUCCGAUAGGUUCAAAACCCUGGUUCAAAGGCCAUAAGGUCAAAACCCAGGUUAGGGAAAAGUUUAGGGUUCAGGUUAGGUGUAGGGAUAGAUCUAGAGUUCAGGUUAUAGUGAGGGAUACAUUUAGGACAUUAGUCCCAGGUCGCGGUAACCAAGAUAGCGGCCACAGUGUUAUCUCCAAAUUUACCCUAUAAAUAACGUAUUAGUAUUAGACGAUUAAUUAUUUAUUAAUUUAUUAUAAUCAGGUAAUUUUGUAAUUAUCAUUAAGUAGGAUUACUAUUAUUAAUACAAUUAUUAUUCAAGCAGGCCUGGCUAAAAUUAAUGCCAUUAAUUACCCAACACUUAAAUUAAAAUCCUACUACCCCCUAGUGCGAAGGGUAUAGUUACGUUACAAGAUAUGAGCAGUAGUGGAAAUUGUAAGGGUGGGGUUAGCAGUAUGAGUUUUGCCAAGAUUUAUCUCCCCCGAAGCAGAGAGUCAUAUUUUUUGGGGAAUCCCAAUACUCAACAGGAUGAGUAGAUCAGUAGUUGGACCUUUAAGGAUGUUUUUGAAUAUCUGUAAAUGUAGGCUUGCUGGGAAGUCACUGCUCUUAUGGUGAGACAACUCUUGUCUAAACAUGUACCGUAAAUUAAACAUUGGCCACUACUACAUCUGACGAUUGUUAAAGUUUAUAUGAUAUAUAUUAAUACAAAAUGUUACAUUCGUUUUUACUAAAUUCAACUUACAAUGUUAAAAAGGAAUGUCUAAAAACUUAUCCUUGCUGUUAAGCCUAAAUGGCCACAGGUGAAAAAGAUGUGCACAUAACUAAACUGCUGUAUUUUGAUUGUUAAGAAAUAACAUAAUAUUUAGGGCUCUGCUGACAAGCUGUGUGAAGUAAAUAAAUAGUGAAACAAGGUAUGUUUUGGCUUGGAAAAAAAGACAACAAUUAAAAGGAUGUUUCGGCUAAAUGCUGUCUUCAGCAAAAAUUACGAAACUUAAAGUAUUCCCAGAUCACAAUGCUGCUCUCUCAGUCUCUAUGUAGAAAUUGUUUCUAUUGUAUUGUGUGCUGAAAAAGGCAUUCAGUCUCUUUUAAUUGCUUGUUUUUUGUUUGUUUAAGCCUAAGCAUAUCUUGUUUCACUAUUUAUUCUAACAAAAGGUUUGUGGCUCCAUACUGCUAUACUGGCUAUACCAUUCAUUUCAGUAAUGUCCCUUUUUCUCAGUUCAUAUAUAAUUUUAGCUGGCUAGGGGAGAACAAACAACAGUAAAAAUAAUAUUUUAAAAAAUAGCCACUAGAAGAAGGCUUCUUGCUGACAUUUUUUGUUUGUUGCAUCCUUUUUUUUAUUUAUUUUUCCCAUACUUUGUUUCGCUCAUUUCUUCAUUGCCAGGGCCCACUCUGUCAUUUAUGAAAAGGGCUAAGGAUACUUUUCAACAUUCAAGUCAACUGUUCUCAUUAGUCUAUUUCAUAGGUUCCCAACCUUUUCUGCUCACAAAGCCAUUUUAAAAUCAAUUUCUUUGGGGUAGCCCAUUAGGCUUACUGCUGACCCUAUGACUUACAAGUUAAUAGUGAUAUUUUAUUUCCUGGAAUGGCAGUGAAGCCCCUAAGAAGUGUGCAUGGUGCCCUUAGGACAGGCUUGGAACCAUUUGUCUUUUUAUACUUAAACUUUUAUUAUUUAUGGGCCUAGACACAAAUUGUUAGUAGAAUAAAAGAUUAUUUAAUAUAAAUUUAGUACUAGAAGUGGGCUCAACAGUGUUAAUAACCUUUAAUCAUUUCCCAUGAUGCAUGUCUACUGGAAGAGUAAGGGUUAACAAUUUUAAGUUAGAAACAGAAUAACUCACUCAUCCUUUUUAAUAAUACAUAAUUCACUCAUUCUUUGAGAUGACCUCACUUUUGUAUUUGUAGGUUAUAAAAUAAAUUAGUUUUAAUUAGCCUGAAUUAGAGCCUACUAAAAUGAAGAGCUUUUCUAACACAAAACUGAUCAUCUGAGGUACUUAAGAUGAAUAGGGAAAUGGUUGUCUUACUUAAGCAUCAUAAACUUGACAUUACAGAGUUUUAGCUACUCAAGUGAAUAUUUAUAUUAUAAUUUACGUAUAAUCCUAGAGUAACUAAAUAGUUUUUAGCUUAAUUACUGCAUUAACGAUUAAUGUCAAUCAUCACAGUACUGGUACUGACAACUUUUUUUUUUUUUUACAGAUGGAGAGAGCAAACGAGAGGAACCUUCAGAUUUCAAUAGAGAUCAAUACUGGAAUAAUGUUGGUGAGUUCACGACAGAUAAUUAGGGCAAAGCCCGUUAAUUCUCAGACAUAUUCAAAGAAAUUCUAGCUUAGAAAAUGUUGUUAACAUGUGUAGUCUCUGGUGAUUAUUAUCUAAUACAGUACAGUUGGGUAUAUUGACUUUAAUUUUUUCAGCUGCUAUCUUCAAAGUACUUUCGAUGGAAACCACAAAACUUUCACUGGCAUUUUCAAAAAAGCCAUUUCCAUCAAAUAAAGUAAGACCAUUUUAAUUGAUUUGGUUGAAUUUUUAAUUUUUUAUUAUUUAGAAAUGUAUUACAUUUGAUUGAUAUUGAUUUGUUCUUCUUAUAAGUUUUCUGACUCUUUUGCACAAACAUAGAAAAUGUAAAUUGAAGGACAUUUGAAGAAAACAUAACAAGUCCUCGUAUAGUCUUACAUCUUUGAUUAGUUAAAUUAAGUUGCAUUUAUUGCUUAGCCAUAAUUAAGGCUCUUAAUAUAUUUUAAAUUUUAGUGGUUUUAUUUACACUCAAAUUUAAUAAAAAAAUUUAAGUUGUCUUCCAAAUUCAUUGUUUUAUUUCAAAAAUCACAGUAUUUUUCCCAUUCUGACAGAACACUGAAGCAUUAGUACACGAGCUAGAGAAGAGCAUGUUAGCACUUGUUUCUAUUUACUAUUCUCUUCCCAUUUCACAAGGUAAUUUUUAUAAAAAGUGGGAAAGUAUUUAUGACCAGUAUCGGCUUUUAAUUUACUGCACAAGUCAAGUUGUUAGCUGUGAAAUGUUCAACAAAAAAAUUGUGCUGCUAAUUAUUUAAUUCAAAGAUAAAUACAAACAUUAAAACUUUUUUUUAAAAACAAUUUUGGGAAUUUUGUAUGAGCUGUGAACAAAAGUGUUUUUUAAUUAUCAUAUUUUUCUUUUGAGAUUGAUAUUUAUUUAAUGGUUUCCUUCUUUGUAAAUUUCUUCCAAACAGGUAAAACACUGCGGUGUCAGUUCCAGCAAACUGUGCUUCAGAUUCUUGAAAGUCUAGAAAGAUUUGUCUCUUCUUUGUCAGACUGCGUUAAUUCUCUUAACACCAAGUAGGUAGAGUUUUUUUUAUUUUCUAUUGAUUACAUAUUUUUAAAUCUGUUUUUCACACUUUCAAGAAAUGUGUUUAUGUAUUGUUUAUGUUUCAACAGUGGAGAUCAAAGAAUACAAUGGACUGGAGGAGUUUGGGAUGCUGUCAGCUUGGAACUUCUGAAAGGUUAUUGUAUUACCAUGCUCCAUUGUGUCUCCAAACAAUGAUUACAAUUAGACAUCUACUUAAUUUUAAAAAUAAAGGACGUGUUCUAAUACUCUCAAAACCCACACAAAUGACUAUUUUAGACUUUUUUUCUUUAAAUCAGACCUUCUUAGAAAUUACUUGCUUGAAUAAAAAACAUUUAAAGUUCUUAUGUUAUACAUAAUGGUACCAGGUAUUUGGACUUUGUAUUGAUUAAACAAAGGUAACACAAUUUAGGAUGUUAUUGUUUUUAAAUACCGGAAAUUAAAUCUUUACUCAAUACUGAAACUAGGAUUUAAUGCAUUCAUUCAAACAACAUAUUUCACAGAUAACAAAGAGUGUGCAUCUAAAUGUUUGAAAGAAACCUUUGAACUUGUGACUGAUGCACUAGAAGAACUAGAUCAGGUACUUAAAUAUUUUAUUUUAUCAAAUUGAUUGUUGCUCUUUGAUAUUUACUUCAGAUUAGUCCGAAGCAAAUUAUUGUAUUGUGACAUUUUAUACAAUUAACACUGACAUUUUCUCACUGAAUAUGUAUAUUACAAUGUUAGGGAAUAAUUCAAACCUAAAUACCAAUCAUCUCGUACUAAGUGACUUUCAAAAAAAAAAUUAAAAUCCGUUGCAAAAAUUUUUUAUGGACAAUAGUAUGAUUUUUAUUGUUCUUUUUUUUUUAUCAAUAAUAUCGGUCAUCAAUUUUGGCUGAUGAGCAUUCUUCGCCUCUUUCUUUUUAGUUAUAUCUCUUAAGUUCUAUUAUUUUCUAUUUUCCUAGGCAAUAUUAAAUGAAGGAGUUGAAGAUGAAUUUUCUCUAAAUGUUGAGACUCCCAGUACUCAGCCAUGGUCAGAGCAAGACAUUACAGUCCUUAAAACCAGCUCUGGGCUGGUCAGUAUGAUGAAACUCUUAACUUCUCUUUCAAAAUUUAUUUUUCUGCUGUGUGUGAGCUUUGAUAAACUCAUUCUAAUAUUUAUUAUUAGAAUUACUUUAACCAUCUUUUUAACACCAGGUAAAAACAAUGAAGAAUGUCAUUAAAAAAGCACAAGAAUCUGUUGAAAAACAUGGAGACACUGAGUCCAGAGAAGGGAUAGCCACAUUAGACGAGUUGGUCACGUUGACAUCCGAAGUGAGCAGAGUUGUGGAUGAUUUAGUCUCUGGGAUAUAUGCAGAAGUAAAUUAUGAAACAUUUACAAACAAUGUAAGUUGAUUAGUAUUUGAUUUAGUAAUGGUAGAUUAAUAAACAUAUUUUGGCUAUUAAUCGCCAUUCCCUUCCAGUGCAGACUUAUUUUUAGGAUAUGUGGUAAAGCUGAAUCUAAGUAUCAACUCCUUGCCCACUGAGUUUUUCUCUUGUUUUGUUCUGAUUUAAAUUCAUGUUCAUAAAAAAAAAAUAGAUAACUUCAAAGCUGAAAACUUUAUACCUUGUUUCUGUUAAAAUGUUAAAAGAAGUGAAACAACAUACUUUUAGUUUGUUGACAGGCAUGUGUUGUUACAGGAAUUACCCACUUUCCUCUAAAGCCCUUCUAUUAUUUAUACAUCUCAUUCAUGGAAAUAAAUGAUUCAAAGAAACCUUGAUAUCUCAUAAUUUUGUUUCAUCGAAAGCAAAAAUAUUUUUAUUAACUUAUAAGUGAUGAACAAAAUCAACAAUCAAAAUCGUCAGCAAUAAGUUUAUAAUACAACUCAGUUUAAAAUCCAAUAUAUUGGAACAAAGUACAAUACUGGUAAGCAUAAUGUAAUUCAAUAACUUUGACAAGAUCCUUCAAAACAUGAUACGGUACCUGAUAAAGGAGGAAACAGACAUUUAUUUGAGAAAGUCGGAAAAAUGAGUUGUGUAAUUUAAAAACAACAUUUUGCCAAUUAUUGAAAAUGUAGUACUGUGACUGUGACAGCAGGAGAAAUGCUUUUAAUUAUAAAGUUACUCUGACUUUUCUGUGUAAUAUUUACUUCAUGUGACUUUAAUCUACAGGGAGAAAUUCUUUCAGAACUUAUAAGGAACAUUCUGAAAUUUCUGAGGUAAUACCACAAAAGUUUGAAAUCAAUAUUUUAAAACAUUUUUUUGUAGAUUUUAUUUUGUUUAUAUGUAGAAUGUUAUUAUUCACUUUUACUGUUGGCUCUCUCUGUAAUAAUCUUCUUAUCUCUGUAUGAUUUUUUCAGAGACAGCAACCUGACCCAAAAUGAAGAUUCAAAGUGGUUGGAUUUUUUAACACAUGCCUGCAGUCAUAACCUGGAGAAAUUAAAAGAAAAUGUUUUGCCAAAACUGUAACAGAAGUUUAGGAAGGAACUAUAUCUCCUAGUGUUGUAAAUGAUAAAACUACCAUAUAUGACCACAUACAUGUGAGGAAUCAUGGGUAGAAAAUGUUAAUUAAAACUAAGGGGUUGCAUUGUACGAGCAUGUAUAUACGAAAUGUUUUAUUAUACAACCAAUCUUAUUUACGCACCCUAAUGCAGCAACCAAGUAGACAACCUAUCUGCACAUAACACCAUUGAUGUAAGUAGGGCCCCUUUGACAGGAUAUUGGUAUAAUUGUAUUGGUAUGACCACAGUUCAUUUUAAAGGAUUUUGACAUUUUUUUAUAAAUAAAUAUUUAUUUCGUAAAUACGUAUUGUAUUAUUAUGGUACAAGGUGAACAGAUCGCAUUAUACAUUGACAUAGCAUUUUAGGGCUUCUCCAAAUAAAAAGUUAGGGGUUGGCAUUAAAAGGGGAAUAUGUUAUAUGUGGUAAUAUACAGUAACUGAGUUCUUCAGAGUUUAAUAUCUUCAUUUUCCUUUAUUAGGAAUUUUAUACAUGCUGAAAUAUAGACACCAUUAAUUUUACCCAUAUCUGAACAGUUUGUUCUUUUGAAGUGUAAAUUAAAAAAAAACUUAUUUA